AUCGGGUGAUUAUCAGUGACACGGCACGGCACAGAUCUCCGCUCGUCACCGUGAGUCGUCUGCCCCUGCUGUAGCGCCUCCGCAGCCCCUGCAGCCGGCGCCUCGCGUGCGCGUCGUCACUGCUCUCUUGUAAUUACAAUCGGCCGCUACUUGCUAUUGUUAUUUACCUCAUUGAGUUUUCUCGAUGCGGCGAGGGCACGCCACAAGGCUGUAGACUUGUGGUGUCAACAGGACUGUUGUGUUCAUUCUUGUUAAUAAAUCACUGUGUCAUAUUUAUGUUAGUUUUUGUUUAUUAUUUUCGUGUGAUAACUUCUAGUCAGUUGUGUUAACGUAACGUAAUAAUGAGUGCAGUUAAAAGUGUUGAAACAGAUAAUGUUGGUAAACCAACGGCGUGCCUCGGCGUGCGGCACGCGCAGGCCGCGCUGCUGUUCCUGGCCAUGCUGCUGGCCUACUCCAUGCGCGUCAACAUCAGCAUGGCCAUCGUCGCCAUGACCGACCCCGCCAGUGAAGAUUCAUUCUCGUGGAGCGUGCAGAAGCAGUCGGUGAUCCUGUCGUCGUUCUUCUGGGGCUACGUGGUGCUGCAGGUGCCGGCGGGGGAGGUGGCGGCGCGGUGGGGGGGCAAGCUGCCCGUGGCGCUGGUCGUCGGCGUCAACUCGCUGGUCUGCCUCGUGCUGCCGCUCGCCGCAUACUAUGGCGGGUGGGCGGCGGUGUGCGCGUGCCGCGUGGUGCAGGGGCUGUUCCAGGGGCUGCUGUUCCCCUCCACGCACAGCCUCAUGAGCAAGUGGAUCCCGCUCGAGGAGAAGAGCCGCCUCGGGACCAUCAUCUAUGCUGGAGCUCACAUCGGCACGGGUCUACAGCUGAUGGCGGCAGGGUUCACGGCGUCGUACCUGGGCUGGGCGGCCAUCUUCUACAUCAACGGGUCGCUGGGCGCCGCCUGGACCGCGCUCUACCUGCUGUACGGCGCCGCCUCGCCUGACGACUCCAGGUCUAUCAGCGAGGAGGAAAGGACCUACAUACAGAACUCUCUUGGACAAGUCAAGGGUGAAAAGAAAGUGCCGACCCCCUGGCGGUCGAUCCUGACGUCGCUGCCGUUCUGGGCGCUGCUGGUGGUGCACUGCGGGCAGAACUGGGGCUUCUGGACGCUCAUGACCGAGAUGCCCUCCUACAUGAGCCAGGUGCUCGGCGUCAACAUCAAGGCUAACGGUGUGAUGUCCGCUCUGCCGUACCUGGCCAUGUACCUGAUGAGCCUGCCCUUCGGCUUCCUGUCGGACCACAUCCUGGCGCGCGGCUGGCUCUCCGUCUCCGUCACCAGGAAACUCUUCAACACCAUCGGUCUGUGGGGCCCGGCGCUGGCGCUGAUCGGGCUGUCGUACGCGCCGGCGGGUGACGUCACCGUGGCCGUGGCGUGCCUCACCGUCACCGUCGCGCUCAACGCCGGACACAUCAUGGGCUUCCUCCUGGUGCAUCUGGACCUGGCGCCGCGGCACGCCGGCUCGCUGAUGGGCGUCACCAACUGCGUGUCCAACAUCGUGUCCAUCGUGGCCCCGCUCGCCGCCGGCGCCAUCCUGCAGGACGAGACGGACCCGGCGGACUGGCGCAAGGUGUUCUACCUGGCUUCGCUGGUGUACCUGCUCAGCAACGGCUUCUUCCUCAUCUUCGGCACCAGCGAGCGUCAGCGAUGGAACGACCCGCCCACUCAGGAGGGGAACGGUGAGGACCUUUGAUUAUGAUCAUCUUCUAACUAGUCCAAAAAAGAAACUUCCACUCAGCAUGCGUCAGGGAAGGUGGUUUAAAAAUAUCGAAGUUUCUUACCAAGUAUUUAUUGUUAGUCCUAAUAAUAGUGUAAUUAUUUAUUGAAAAUAAAAUGUUAAUAUUAAAA